UUCACGCAUGUGCAGUCGAUGCAGCUUUGUCGCUGCCAGUAUUUCUGCACAACACAGAACCGCACGCAUAGAAAGCAAUAGGUUACGCUCUCUCAUUCAAAGACAUGUCUUCAAACAGUCAAAAACGUCGGCAAAUUACAGGUGGCGAUUUAAGGAAAAAUGCUCCUUCACCAUCGCACUAUGGUAGGAAACGUGGAUCAGAUGGACAACUAAGGUCACAAGGAGACCCACAACCUUCUCUUGGAGCAAAGGGAGAACACAGACACACAGACAACAGAUCUGAAAGGCAAGCUAGUUUCACUACUCCGGAGACUGUUCGACCCUUAUCAAGAUGCAAAGAUUGGGGAAGUGAGGUGGAAGAGAGCGAGAUGAGAAUGAGCGUUAACCGUGAUAUGCAGAGAUACAGAAGGAGAAUUCUCACUGCAGAGUUUUCCUCUAGAGAAAGAAAAGUCUCCUCAGGAAGCUGUGACUCAAGAGACUCUGCUAGUCCUACAGAAUUGGAAACCGAUGAGAAUGUUCUACUAAGGAGGCAAAAACAAAUAAAUUAUGGAAAGAAUACCCUUGCUUAUGAUCGAUACAUCAAGGAAGUUCCAAAACAUCUCAGACAGUCAGGAGUCCACCCCCGAACUCCAAACAAAUUCAGGAAGUACAGUCGCCGCUCAUGGGAUCAACAGAUCAAGAUGUGGAAGGUUAAACUCCACACCUGGGAUCCCCCUGCUCAAGAUGGAGACCUUCAAGCUAUAGAACAAAUUGACCUUGGUGAAGUCAUGGAUAUUGAGUUGGACCCAGAUGGGGAAACUUGCAAAACAUCUGCAGGAGAUGAGAUGGAUUGCUUCUCUGUAACACCAAGAAAAAUGAAGAAAACUGAGGAACUGCCACAAGUGUAGAAGGCACAGAAUGCAGACACAAUGUUCAGUGGAGUAAAAGCAAGUAUUACUGGCCUGCAAUUUGAGAAUUCCAAACCAACCAGAAACAAUUGUUAUUAUUCCGAUCAUACAAUUUGUAAUUUUACUGUCCUAAACUGGGAAUUGCUACUGUUUUUCUUUUUCAUUCUUUUUUUAAGGCUGAUGUUGGUCAAAUGUUUGCUUUUAAAUACUUUGUCAGAUGUAUGAGAAGUUUGUACAUACACUUAUUUAGACUUUGUUUUAAUGAUUGUUAAAAAGUAAUAUGUGUAUUUUCUUGUAAUUAGAAAUGGUUCAACAUUUUGUAAGUAAUAAAUUUGAAGUAAAUAAGA